CCUAUCUAGCUGUGUAUGGGUAUGUAGUUAAAAACUCGAUGCAAAGUAAAGGGAAAUCAGUUACAUCGGAUUGCACCUGACUGAUACAUACCUACCUAUCUACAUACGAUACAUACAGUGCAAAAGAAAAAUGUCACAUUACUUAUCGUUUUUAGUCUUUUUAAAUUUGGUUGUAAUAUUAUGCCAAGCAAGUUCAAUUUUAACACCACAACAGCAUGCAGAAGAACUUCAUGGCGAUCUGUUUUGCGAUCGAGACAGCAAAACUCUGAAAAAAAUAUGCGUGAACGCGGCGAAAAAUGAAAAGAUAAAAGGCUAUAAUUCGAAAUCAUUGGAUAAUCUAACCUGCAAAACAGGAGAUGAAGGAAAAGUGCUGUUGUAUCCUGACGACGAUGAUGAUGAAGAAGGUCCGCAAUUCGUGCAGGAUGCGUUACUCGAAUGCAUAUUUAAAUUGCCCGGAGAUAACAUCAUACCAGGGCCUUACGAAGUAAACAGGACUUUUGGAAGAGGACAUAACAGAUUUGAUGCAUUUAGAUAUGAAAAGAGGAAUGGAAAUUACGAAGCCACCGGCUUAUACAGAAAUUUGUUGAAGGGGGCGAUACCCAACGAUGACGAGUUUUGCGAUCGAAGCAGCGAAACUCUGAAAGCAAUAUGCGUUCAAGCGGCAAAAAAUGAAAAAAUCAAAGGGUAUGACACGAAACCAUUGAAAAAUCUUUCUUGCAAAAAAGGCAAUAAUGCGAAAGUGCUACUGGACCCUGGCAAUGGAGAAGCUUGGGAAUUGGUGCAGGAUGCAUUACUUGAAUGCAUAUUCAAGAUGCCAGCAGACCAGUUCAUACCACAACCAUACACUGUUGAUCGAAUUUUUGGAAGAGGACGAAAUAAAUAUGAUGCAUUUCGAUAUGAAUGGAGUCAAGAGAAAAGUAAUUAUGUAGCCACCGGAUUGUACAAAAAUUUGUUAAAAGGAUUGGUUUGAAGAUUACAAAUCAGAGUACCUAUACCUAUACCUAUACCCAAAUGAGUAUACCCCUGUAUGGAUUACGGGUACGUAAAUACAUGAAUUUUCAUGGAUCAUUUUACCUAUCGUGCUAUAGUUUCUUUGAAAUAAAUUAGGUACUCUUGUUUUUGUUUUAUGUACCAGUAAGUACCUACCUAAAUAA